AUGGCAGAACCUACGGUUUUGAUGCACAAAGCAAUGGUUAGGGUAGUAGUUCAAGAAACCGCAAAGCCACGCAACCAAUUAUUAAAUGAUUCGACAAAACGCACGGAGCAACUUAGAGAGUUAAUUAAAGGACUAAGAAAUAAUAUUAUAUGCCUAGCAAACGAACACCAAAACGA